UACACAAUACGCGGACUACUUUGGCGUAGUUGAGCGGGCGAUCGCGGACGCAGCCAUCUUGCAUUUUGAGAGUACGGCCUGAUUGUUACCUAGGUGGAAAAUCUCAAAUCAUCCGUCAUGUCAGAAAGGGAGGAUAACGUUUACAAAGCCAAAUUGGCGGAGCAAGCUGAGAGAUACGAUGAAAUGGUGGACGCGAUGAAAAAGGUGGCAUCGCUGGACGUGGAGCUGACCGUGGAGGAGCGCAACCUGCUGUCCGUCGCGUACAAGAACGUGAUCGGCGCCCGGAGGGCCUCCUGGCGCAUCAUCUCGAGUAUCGAACAGAAGGAGGAGAACAAAGGCGCCGAGGAGAAGCUCGAGAUGAUCAGACAGUACAGGUCACAAGUCGAGAAGGAGCUCAGAGACAUUUGCUCCGACAUCCUGGGCGUCCUCGACAAGCACCUCAUCCCCUGCGCCUCCUCUGGUGAAUCUAAGGUCUUCUACUACAAAAUGAAGGGAGACUACCACCGAUACCUGGCCGAGUUCGCCACCGGCAACGACCGAAAGGAGGCUGCAGAAAACUCGCUGGUCGCGUACAAGGCGGCGAGCGACAUUGCCAUGACAGAGCUUCCUCCCACACACCCCAUCAGGCUCGGCCUGGCUCUCAACUUCUCAGUGUUCUACUACGAAAUCCUCAACUCGCCCGAUCGGGCGUGUCGCUUGGCAAAGGCCGCCUUCGACGACGCAAUCGCGGAGUUGGACACCCUGUCGGAGGAGAGCUACAAGGACUCGACCCUCAUCAUGCAACUGCUUAGAGACAACCUCACCCUGUGGACGUCAGACAUGCAGGGCGAUGGUGAGAACCAGCAACCUUCUGGAGAGGGCGAGACUAAGGAGCAGCUGCAGGAUGUUGAAGAUCAGGAUGUGUCGUAAUGAGUUAGAUAUCAAGUGUAAAAAGCAUUAGUCGGCAAGGGACCAAUCGUGUGUCUGCGGCCGACUCAUUUUGGCCCUCCUCUCAAAAUCACUUUUCUUUUUCAGCAACCUGAGCUCUUUAAAUUGUCUCUUUGUUAAGAUUUUGGAAAACUCGCAGCCGUGCUUGAAAAACCACGACAAAACGUGUCAAAAAAUGUACAGUGUGUCUGGUUUUUUGACUAUGGCCGGACUGGAAAAGGGAUCAUUUAAGGGCCAGCGGGGGAGGAAAUGGAGUAGGAGUGGCAUUACAAAGAAAAAAAAACAUAAUUGCUGUUAACAUAUAAUUAUUUUGCAAAGCAUGGUAAAAAAAAGCAGAAGAAUAACUCCGGACGAUGUUUUUUAAAUGUAUCUAUGUGAUCUCUCUUUUCAAACUUAAACUUUUAAUUCUCACUUGGCCCCCUUAUUAUAAUUUGCCGUUGUCUUUAGACAUGGUGUGAAUCACAAGUCGUGCUUUACCAGCCUGUAUAUGGUAUUGUGUAGGUUAAAAAAUUAAAUCAAGAAAAGAAACUGUCACAGGUUAAAAGAAAGAAAGAAAAACAAAUCACUAGAAAUCCUCAAAAAUGCUCAAACCGAUCUAAUAACAGCUUUUUUGGGCUACAUCAAAAUCAAUAGCGACACAAUGCUGGGCCAAAGAAUUUCCGUCUGACGUGUAACGCGAAAACGAGAACCAAAUUUGCCAUCUCGAGCACCAUCUGAGCCCUUGACACUUGCGUCAACCGAUUCUUCGGCAGCGAGACCCUUUAUUUUGUAACGGAAAUGGCAAACAGGGUAACCAACAAACCAACCAACCAUUGUAUCGCUAUGGCGAAUUUGGAAUUGAACCAAUUGGUACCCUUAUCGACUCUUGACUUUUGAUUUGGUAUGUGACUGUGAGAAUGCAUCAACUCAAUAGCUGGACAGGUAUCAAUAAUCGAUCGGUUGACCCACCUACCUACAUGCCGCCACCACUGCUAAAUGUAGCUGCCAAAAUUGAAUGUUUUUGUACCCCAAUCAGUCACACAUUUCAUCUUGCAGUAGCUAAGAAUAUUGAGUGUAUUCAUGCCUUUUAAUUGCGAGUCGCGCUUUUAACAACUAGAAGUGAGUGAUGAACACAUUUAGCACAUUUAUCAGUGUCGCCUUUCAAAAUAUUUUGACGGCUCCAAAGGUCCUGUUUGGAAGAAACAAAAAGCGAGCACGUGCGCAUACUUAAUUAGCUGUCUACUCUGCCAGAUUUCUUUGUGUUUGAAAUAAAUUAUUCGAAGCGGUGGCCAAUUUGUAAUAUUAUUUAUUGUCUUGGAAAGAGACGGAGCAAUUCAAAUCUCGAGUUCAACUUAUUUUCUGGAACGUAGUUUGCGAUCGGCACACAUGGAAGGCAUACAUCCAAAAGUUUUGGGGGGAGAGAACGCUCGAUAUAUGGUUGUCAAUUACCAGAAGCGAGAGAUAAAAGAGAGGAGGAAGGGAUAGUAAUAUUUUGGAAGGCAUGAAUAACUAAUUAUGCUCUAAGCAUUCCAUAACUAUACUUUCAAACUUCACUUAUCCAAUAAUGAUAUAACACUGGAAUGGCGCAAAUUUAAUGUAGAUAAAAAACGAUAAAAAAAGAUGAUGCAAUAUUGAUA